AUGAGCCGAAAGCUCGCCCCCGAAGCCAAUCGGAUUCUCUUCGUCAAGAACCUCAAUUUCGGCCUCGCAUAUCCUCAUUUGAAAACAACGGACAAAUUGCUGACGUCCUUUUGCAGCUACAACGUAACAGCGGAACAACUUUUCGACCUCUUUGGCAAAUUUGGCGGAAUUCGUCAAAUUCGCCAGGGAAUUGCGAACAACUCCAAAGGAACCGCAUUCGUCGUCUACGAAGAUGUGCACGACGCCAAACAGGCAUGCGACAAGCUAAAUGGAUUCAACUUCCAGAACAGAUACUUGGUCGUUCUGUAUCACCAGCCAGAGAAGAUGGCCCGCACGAAAGAGGACCUCUCGGAGAGGCAAGAUAACUUAGAACGGCUCAAACAGCAACACGGGAUAGAAUGA